GUGACUGGAUUUGUGUUUUAUUUGCCAACAAAAUAAAAUACAAAUUUCUGUAAAACCAAUCAAAUUUUAAAAGUUUUUUAAACAAGUUUUUAAAUUAAACACCAAACUUCCAACAAAAUGGCCGAUGUUGCUGUAGAAAAGAACGAAACCCCCGUUGUCGAGAAAGUUGCAGCAGAAGAAGUUGAUGCUGGCAAGAAGGAUGUAGCAGAAAAGGAAGUCGUUGCCGACAAAACAGAUGCUGCCGACAAAAAAGAAGCUGCCACCACCGACAAAAAAGAGGGUGAAGAAGCAACCACCACUGAAAAUGGUGAUGCUGCCGCCGCUGAAAGCAGCGAAAAAGCCAAGGAGAAUGGUGAUAGCGAAGCUGCUGCCACAGAAACAGACGGUGCUGCUGCCGCUGAAGCCGAAAAAACCCCUGCUGCCGCUACUGAAGAAUCUGCGCCAGCCGCUGCCGAAGAAAACGGCGUAGAAGAAACUGCCAAUGGCGAUUCUACAGACUCCGCUCCCGCUGAAGCUGUCAAAAGGAAAGUCACCGAAGGUGAAGCCAAAACAGACGAAGCUGCUGAAGUGACACCCGAAAAGAAAGCCAAGUUGGAGGAAACUUCAAAAGAAGAAGUCCAAAAUGGUGCGGAGGCUUCAGAAGUAGCGGCUUAAUUAAUCUCUCUCCAUUAAACACACACAACAACCUACCCUCUACUAUAUAUAAUAUAUAUUAAAAAUAACACACAAAAACUAAUUCUAAUAAUUUACUUACAUUAACAUUAAAAAAAUGAAAACUUAAGAAAACAAAUCCUACAAAGCGAAAAGAAAAUCACAAAAAAAAACACGGAAAGAUGAAAACCUCUGUAAACUACCUACAAAACAAA